AGCAGUGGAUUCCUAGAUUCUAGAUAGAUCUAUAUCUAGAUCGAUACCUAGAUCUAGUCUAAUCAUUCUAGAUCUCUAAAUCUACUCCACAGAUCUAGAUUCUAGAUCUAUAUUCAGUCCUGUAUGGUGUAGCCUAUUUUUUUUUUAAAAACCCUAUUGUAGAAGAAUGAGUAUGCUUUCCAGAUAUAUACGAAGGAGACGUUCGACAAUUUUGUUUUUUAUACUUUUGAUGACAUUGCUCAUUGGGCUGGCAUACUACUUUGACUUGAUCAACUUCUCUGCUGCUGGGUUAACCCAGUACUCUGUGAGGUACAUCCGCUACCAGAGAUACAAACAGUCAGAGCCGUACCGUGAGGGUCAUGGUGAACAGGGUGCAGCUGUGUUGUUGGAGGGGGAGGAGAAGAAGCUGGCCGACAGCCUCUUAGAUAAAGAAGCUUUCAACAGGAUUGCUAGUGACAAAAUAUCUUUAGAAAGAUCUCUUGUUGAUGUCCGAGAUUCGAGGUGCAGAUCAAUAGAGUACCCUAAGAAACUGCCAAAAGCCAGCGUGGUGAUUAUAUUCCACAAUGAAGCUUGGUCCCCACUACUGAGGACAGCCCAUAGUGUUGUCAAUAGAUCACCCCCAGAUUACCUGCACGAGGUGGUCUUGUUAGAUGACUUCUCUGAUAAAGAUUUCCUGAAAGAGAAGUUGGAGAACUACAUAGCCGACACUUGGCCUGAUGGAGUAGUUCGUCUAGUGCGCACGACUGAGAGAUCAGGACUCAUCAGGGCAAAGAUAGCCGGUGCCAAAGCAGCAACAGGGGAUGUGCUGAUAUUUUUAGACUCACACUGUGAGGUCAACACUGGCUGGAUUGAACCUUUACUGAACAGAAUACAUGAAGAUCGCACAGCUGUUCUGUGUCCUGAGAUUGAUUUGAUUGAUAAAAAUACACUCCAGUAUGGUGGCACAGGCAGCGCCAGUGUGGGUGGCUUUUGGUGGAGCUUGCAUUUCUCCUGGAGGCCCAUGCCCAACCGCGAGGUACAGAGGCGCAGUUCUCCAAUAGAGCCAUAUAGGAUUGAGCCUUUGUUGAGUCGAAUAGCUGAGGACAGGACCGCAGUGCUUUGUCCAAUAAUAGACGCAAUAGAUGACAAGACUCUAGAGUAUUCUAGUAAUGGUGGCUAUCAGAUAGGUGGCUUCACCUGGAGCCUUCACUUCACCUGGCAGGAUGGCAGCCCCAGGGCUGUAGAUAAUCCUGCGUAUACCACACCUGUACGAUCCCCUACCAUGGCUGGGGGCUUGUUGGCCGUAGAGCGCAAUUUUUUCUUUGAAAUUGGAGCUUAUGAUCCUGGCAUGGCUGUAUGGGGAGGUGAAAAUCUGGAGCUGUCGUUUAGGGUAUGGAUGUGUGGGGGCAAGCUGGAGUUUGUUCCUUGUUCUCGUGUGGGUCACAUAUUCAGGUCCAGUCACCCUUACACAUUUCCAGGUAAUGUAGAUACCCAUGGCAUAAACUCAAUGCGUUUAGCUGAGGUGUGGAUGGAUGACUAUAAGAGAUUAUUCUACACACAUCGCAGAGACCUGCUGUCACAAGACUAUGGGGACAUAUCAGAGAGGAAAGCUCUACGUGAGAGAUUAAAGUGUAAGAGUUUUAAAUGGUACCUAGACAAUGUUUACCCAGAAAAGUUCAUCCCUGAUGAGAAUGUCCAGGCAUGGGGUAUGGUGCGCAAUCCAGAAUCUAGCCUCUGUCUGGACACUUUACAAAAAGAUGAGAAGUCUGUCUUUGACAUUGGCAUGUUUUUUUGCCAGAAUGGAGGAAGUGCUAGUCAGGUGUUUUCUCUCACACAUGAAGGCCAGCUGAGAAGGGAGGAGGCUUGUCUGGAAGCAAGUGGUUCUAGUGGCAGCCAUGUUUCACUGAUGCCUUGCCACGGCUCAUCAAGUCAACAGUGGAUACAUGAUAAAUCAAAGAACACAGUGAUCCACAAGUCAUCAAACAAAUGUUUAGACACGGGAGGCAACAAAAGUGGUGAACUAGUUGUAAUCAACACAUGUGAUGACAGACUAUCUCAGAAGUGGACAAUGCAGCAUUAUCUGGCCACAGCUGUCUAGUGUUUCUGAGUUUCUUAACAGGGCAGUAUCACGGUUUUAUUUUGUUUAGCUAAUACAGAGCUUUUAUUACACCUGAAAUUAAUGAUUUAUGCAAGCUGUGAUAUAGAAUUGUUUUUCGCUUGGAAUUCCUUCAUUUUCUCAUUUUGAUUAUUUUAAAGUUGAAAACUGCUGAAUAUUUUUAAAGGUUUAUUUUUAACCUUGAGGUUUAUGAUUUACCAAAUGAAAAUUUGUUUUGUUUUGUUAAGUGCUAAGAUGUAGUUCUAUUUAAUCAAUUCUAAAGUUGUGACUUGUUUUAAAAAUAUUUUAUCAUUUAGAUUUCUAUAUAAUAAAACUGCCAGUCUUCAAUAUAGUUAGAGUUAAACAUUGGUCUUGUUGUAAACAUUUUUAGUGACCUAUACUGUUGUUAACAAGGUGUAGAUUGAAGAAUAAGAUUUACUUGUGCUCAAUUUAAUUAGUAAAUUCAAACUUGUCAAAUUACUUUAUUUUUUUUUUAAUGAAAUAGACUUAAAAAUUACACAAUAAUGAAAUUAUCAUCACUUUUUUAUAAGAGCUCAGAAAGAUGUUUUUUGUUUGGUUUCCAGAAAAAUGCACAAUCUGAAAACUGCGCAACAAAUAACUGCGCAAACAGAAAAAUGCGCAAAUUCAAAUUGAUUAUACUAAUAUUUUGUGGAAAUAUGUUUUAUCAUGCUUCAGUGUACAUUUAGUCACACUUUGUUAAUGUCUAUAAAAGCUCAAUUUAAGAAAACAUAUUUUCCCUUGCACACUUUUUUGUGAGCAAUCUUUCGUUGUGCAGUUUUCCAUUGCUCAUCUUUCCGGUCACGUUAUUGUUUUACUACUUAUUACUUCCCCUUUGCAUAAUACUUUUAUUUCACUUAUAUGAAUAUGCAUGUAAAUUUUUAAAACAUAUUUUACUAGAUUUCAUAUUUUUUGUUGUAUUUAAAAAAAAUGAGGUUUUUGGUUUGCUAAAUUAAACUAUGGCAAAACUUAAAAUGUGUAGUUGGCAUUACAAUGUACUGGAAUAGUUUUUUACAAAACUUUUACUUAUUGUUAGUUGCACCUUCUUUAGGUUUCUAUGGUUACGUAUGCAUAAAAAUUGUGAUACUAAUUAUGUGUGUUGAUUUGACCAGAAAUGUGCCUUUCUUAGUUGACAGUGUUCUAUUUAGAGAACCUGAGAUAGCAAUAGAAACAAUCAUUAGAUAAAUUAUUUCUUGUUGAAGAGUUACCUGUUUCAUCAUGCUGAUCUUUUCACUUGGCUACCCGUAUGUUGUUAUCCUCAUUUAUAAAAUAAUCUCUCUUAUCAUUUAUCAUUUAUAUUAUAUAACACCAUCAAGUACAUCAAUUUUUGUGUCACCAUGUAUCUCAUUUAUCACCAUUUAUCACAUGUACCACCAUAAAGUACUAUUGUUACAGUUUAUGACAUGUAACACUAUUAAGUACUAUUGUUACAGUUUAUGACAUUAACUUGACUGACCUCAGAUUCAGCAUGUAAGCAAGCAUCACCUGAGUGUUUGUGAUCCUCUCAGAUAGACAUGAGAUAUACAUACCCUCUAGUCCAGAGUGUUAGUCUGUAUCUGUGUCAGUGAGACUUGUGAUGUCACGCACUUGUCAUUAUGACAUGGCUGAAGUCACUGACAUGUGUCAUUCAUUUCUUUGAUUUUGAUCCUGAAUUCUAGUCUUGUCUCACAGUCAUAGUACCAUCUGUUGUCAAUAAAGUUAAGGCAAUUAAAUAUUUAAGCUUACUUUAUCUCCAAACAUUUUUAUUAAAGUAUAUUUUUAUCAAUAUAUGAUGUAGUCCCAUGUGUAAAAUAGAAGUAAAUUUAGUGAGACAGUAAGUGGAUGAAAUAUAGAAAUGUAGUUAUUUUGUUCUAAUGUGUGUUAAAAGACAAUUUUGUGAGUUUACCUAAAAAACUUUGUUGAUUUAAUAAUCAGUGGUAGGGGAGGUAACUCACUUAAAUAUUAUUUUGGUAAAGUAGUAUUGAGAUUUGUAAAAAGGGUCAGGGGAAAUAACACUGUUCAACAGUUGAACUUACUAAAAAUAUUUUCUAUUGUUUUAAAUUUAAUCAAAUUUGUUUUAUUUCAAAAGUCAAAUCUUUUAUUUACAAUCAAAAUUUCAUUUAUAUUGCUGCUUUUUUCAUGUAUUUGCUCUUCACAGUUAAAAUUAUUUUUAUUUAUUUUAAUAAAACCUUAGUCUGUUGAGUUAAAUAGGCCUAUAUGGUCAAAAGUUUAUUAUUGUACUCUCUCUCAAUUAUUAGAUCUUAUAUCAAGCCUUCCGUAAUUAAUCUCCCUCCCCCCACCCCUCCCCCCCCCUCCCCGAUGUAUAGGUAGGCUGUAAUACAAGAAAUAUGUAUUCCUUCUGUGUCCACCAGAUCACUUCACCUGUACCAAUGUUGUUAUAAUUUAUUUCAAACAUUCCCUUAUGAAAGCCCAGCUCAUGACAUUUCUUGUUAUCUAAUGACAUCUUAUACCAUUAUCAGGUUACCCUUCCCCCCCCCCCCCCCCCCUUCCCCAUCUUUGUCUGUUAUUAUUUGAACCAUUAAUUACUAUGUAUAACUAAGCUUUGUUACUUAUGCACCAUUUACGUUUACCAUGUAGGUGUGGGUGAUGGUGUUAGAUGUACCAAUGAACAAGUAGCUGUUGUGUUAAUCCUAGAUUGUGUGUUAGGUGAAGUUGUGUUAGCUGUGCACCAUUUACCAUCUAUGUAUGAGCAAUUUGUGGGACAUGGUGAAGGUUCUAGAUGUAUACGUGGACAUGUUGGAAAUAAACUGGUUUUAUUGACAUUG